CUCCAUGGGUUCUAACAACAGCAGGACACACUGAAGUUGAUUUGGAAUGGUGUGGUAAUGUUGGACGUUGGUCAUUAUGUCACUCAACAGCAUGACAAUGUUGUGAUAAGAUUCGCUUGAAAAUGAACGGUUGUCCGAAGUAUGGAAUCAGCAUGUGGAGGCUGCGCUGAAGAAAUAAAACUGAACAAAUACACAGAAAAGAACUGGUUUGUGCUUCACGCCCGUGCAUCUCUUAUCAACCUACCAAAGGACCACAUUAACAAAAGGGAGUGGAAGAAACACCGGGAUCAGUUUAUACUAAAGUACAAACAAUAUAUAUCAGCUCUGCGAAAUAGUGGCGGAGGGAUUGUAUUUGUACACAUACAAGAUCUGGAUCCCACAGAUUGGUGCUUGGACCAUUUCCAUGAGCUUGUAGAUGAUCGGCUAAAUCUGUUGAUAGAAGAUGGCAGUUUGUUUGUAAAUACAUACAGAAAAGACUGGUUCUCAGAUGAAGGUGAAAAUAAGGGAAUCAUAGUAACCAUCGUUUCACCAUCUGCGAGUGUUGUCACUGUCAGUUACAACACAAAACUACCUCUUGACGGAAGCAUUGUUGACUCAUCGUGUGCGACAAUAACCGAGCUUCUACAACACCGUGAGAGGAUUAGGGAAUCAAUACCAACUAUCCGAGGAUUAGACAGCAUUAAAUUGCGUGAGAGCAGAAACAUUCAGGUGAAAACUAUUUUGGCAAAUUCUGUCAACUUUGAUGACAUUGAUACUGUUACUAAUUACAUUUGGAAGGAUCUUAAACUAGGAUUCUAUGUGAGUGCUUUUACCAAACUCGAAAGCGGGGGUUCAUUUUAUGUUGGAAUUGAAGAAAAACCAAAGUCGUAUGGCAAUUACAUAUCAAAGUGCCUGAACAUCACUGGUUUUGAAUGUAUGUUCUCCAGAGAAACAUUCAUAGAUCGCUUAAAAGAGAAAGCUCAGGGUGAAACACUCAUUCUUGCUGAUACUGACAUCGUUGUAAAAACAGACCUUAUUGAUGCAGUAUUCCAUCAAAUGGACGAUGAACAAAACACCUAUGUUCUCGAAGUAGCAGUGGCAGCUGUUCAGGGACUGGUGUUUUAUGACAGAAACGGACCAGAGGCAUAUGAACUUGGUGAAAAUGGUGGCAUCACGCGGAUAGACACAAAGAGCUGGCGGAGACGUAUUUUGAAAAAUCUCAUCGCAACAUCUUAAAUGUGGACAUGGAUACGCACUUAAAAACUGUGAUGUCACAAUCAUCUAUCACACAUCUGACGAUGAGAGAAUGCAUUGAUACGAAGCAGGAGAACAUUGUCACCAUCGCUUCCCUUGUCCAAAAUCGACCAACAGUGAAGCAGAUAGGAUCAAGCAUCUGUAAAAUUCACAGCCAUAUGAUGAAAGAUGCUACAUAUCCAAGUAACACCGUGCUUAACAGGUGUCUGCAUCAACGUCUCCAAGAGCUUUCAAGAAAUGGACUUUUCUUUGUUUCCAAGAACCUUUUCAUCUGUGGAGGGUUUUCACAACAAAAGGCAUCCCCUCAACCAGCUGAUUCCAUUCUAGAUGUAUGCAUGAUUGUUGAGAACAUGCCAGUUACCAUAUUGACACUAGUCCAAGACAACAGUGAACAUGUGGAUGAAACAGAUACAUACUGCUUAACACUUGCGAGAGAGGUAACUGUGGGUAUACGUUCAUAUUGUAAAGAACAUGUAACCGUUUUGUAUGGCGUGGUUACAGAACGGGACAUCAAUACCACAGAUAACUUUCAGGGCUUCCUGAAGAGGCUAAUAGAACAAAAUCAAAAACGUUACAUUCCAGAGUCUUUGAAAAUGCCAAACGAAAAAUGGAAAUGCAUUACACGAGCGUUUGCUGCAUCAAUUGCAAUUACAUCUUCUGUGUUCUGUGACAAUACUGAAAGUCUUUAUUUCCUGACUUAUGAACAAUUCUGUAUACUGAUCGAGAACAUAGACAAGAAAGAUGUUACUGUGAGAACAGCGCCAUCAAGCGGUGGGAGGACACUGAUCCGGGAGGUUGCCAGAAGACUGGAGAUAUCAGGACCGACAUUACUUGUCAUGGAAACAGAGGAUCAGAUACAGAUUGCAAGGGGGAUGGACACUUGCUCUUUCACAGCUACAUUAGAAGAAUGGAAAAAGAAACUAGAAGCAGGGACAUGGUCAAUGGGUGUAAUCAAUAUGGUGACCAACUGCCAAGACUGCCCUCCUGUGCCUGGUCUCUCUGGCAAAUCAUGGACAUUCAUCCCGGGCGGUGCGCCAAUUCCUGAAGUUGAAAAUAAAAACUCGCGAAGUGACAUCCACCUAGAUUCACAAACAGAGGUGUCGGAGGGAGUCCGCCACAAGCCAGAAGAACAUUUAUGGGAAACCAUAAAGUCCCUUGAGAACGAUUUGCACAAGUUGAAAGAGGAAAAUGAAGCCUUGAGGAUGAUAAAGAAGGACCUCACCAGUGGUCUUGAGUCCGUAUCCCUGGGUAGAUUCUCUAUGGACAGUGGCGUGGGCAGCAACUACAGCACGUUUAGUUCCGUUGCCAGUGGUGGCGCGAAUCCAGAGCAACUGGCUUCACCGGAGAAACAUAUAGGAGGUCUUAAAGUGCUUAAAAACUUAAAAAAGAAGCUAACAUCUGAAUCAUUCAAGUCAAAGAAACAAGCUCGAAAGAUCCCCGCCUACCUUCUGGACAACACAGCUGUGUACAUCCUGACAAAUCAUGUAAAUCACUCACCGAUUUUUCUGAUAUGUCAAACACUGGCGAUUGACCAACCCUGCUGUCACGUUACCUCGGAUGAUGAACACGUUGAGCUACAUCAGGGUAUGUGUCGCACACUUCAAACAUCGUUCUCCGCAGUGCCACAUGCAAAUACACAUACCAGGGCACAGUACUGGGAGACAGAGUCUGAUAUCGAACUGAAGGGGUUGGGUGUUUUGAUGGAGAUAGGGGUCACUGGAGCAAGCUCUGAAGAAAUGUCCUCCGUGAUACAUAAGCAAGCCAAUACUUGGAGUAUAAUGGUAACAGCCUGUGCCAUACACUCCGGUAUCUGUACACAAGUAUGGUUGGAAGGGAAGCAUGAACGGUGUUGUCAAGACACCAUGCCUCUAGAGCAAGUUAAAAAGGUCACACUGAGGCAUGGGGUAAUCGUGGAUGAGAAUGGAACAGUAGGAUUCUUUGACAUAAACAGAAACUGUCUCUUGUAUAAAUGCCAUACCCUAAUUCGAGAAGAUUUUUGCCAAGUGUUCGGAGUUGGUACACCCCUCUACAAUAACCCAGGAAAGAUGAAACUAAUCCGUGGGAAUAUGAUUGCAAUCACUGAUGAAAAACAGAGACUCAUUUAUGCUGCACUGACAAACUCUUCCGACGAUUCACGUGAACAGAUAAACUCUCGCUGGUUUGUUAGUUUAUAGUACAACUGUUGGGCGUUAAAGAAAGCACCGUGACCAAAGGGAAUAGAGACCUAUCCAUGUUGUGGAGACAGCUGACAAUCCUUAAAAUGAAAAUGGAGUUCAAAGAAGAUAUUUAGUGAGACAAUUUUAGUCAUUUAAUUUGCAGAUUGAUGUGACUUCUAACCUCAGUUUAUUUCAAAUUAAACGGCAAUGCACUGGGACCUUUUUUAGUGCCCAUGUAUGUUACAGUCAAUGGGAGGCAACUCAGUCUGUUAUAUUGCGGACAAUGCUGAAAGCGAUAUUUUUAAAAAUUGUUUGAACAGUAUUUCUUAGAAGUUGGCGGAUGACAAAAUAGACACAAUUUAUGGAUAACAACUGUAAAUGGCGACGUUUCGGCAUAGAUCCUUAUACUGUUGUCAAUCAAGGCUGAAUAAUGAACAUGGUACAGAAUAUAUAUAGUAGGUGGAGGAUUAACAGUAACAACAAUUGCAUACAUGAGUAGGUUAAAAAUAAUAACAUGAUUGACAGAGAAUACAUGACGAGGAAGCCAUCUCGGACCAUAUCAGCAACUGCCUUAAUCACAACAUCAACUGGGAAAACGUCCAAAUCCUCUCGAAAAACCACCAUGACUUUACUAUAAGAAAACUAACAGAAGCGGUCCACAUUCGCCGUGACAAGCCAUCAAUCAACCGAGAUCAAGGCUAUUUCAUCCCAUCCGCCUACUAUGAACUCCUAAAGCAAAAAUCACCACUCCUAUGUAUACAUAAUCCUGUGUAAUUGGCUUCCUGUUUAAUUGGCUUCUGUAAAUGGUUGAAAUCUUUAGUGGUUGUUAGAAUACCAUCCUGAAAAUGUUUAGUACCAACUGAUCCCGAUUCAGAAAUUGGUCAUUGUAUUUGCCUAAUUUUGCAUACAUGUCAGCAUUAUCGUUUACAUUUAAUACAUAGUGAAUAUAUAUAUAGUGAUAAAUUCAUAAAUAGUUUAGCUAAGAUGUCAGGUAUUUAUUUAUCCUCAGCUUUGCAAAUAUUUAGAUGUUUUCAGCAUGACUCUGUAUGCUUUGGCUUUGCAGUCAAAAUGUACAAUGUAUCCUCAAAGCUUAGCCUUGCGAAUUGAAAGCAGUAUCUAGGUUGCAGAUUGUUCCGCCGAAGUGGGUGAAUUAUUGUUAAACGAUGAAGUCAGCAAUAUUCGUGCUACUGCAUUGAGGCCUGUAAUAAUACGAGGCGAACCAGUAACCCGAAGCAUGAACAUCGAUCCACGCCACUGGGGUACGAUAACAGGCAAUCAAUACAGCCACAGAGGCUGAACACCUGAUCCGUAUCUUAGACAGCUCUUAGAACCAGCAUGAUCAUGAGAUAUUGCUGGCCUAUUUGGAUGCGGAAUCCCUACAACCGCUAAUAUGGUACUAGGGCUGGUCAAAAUGUUCUUAUCCAAACAAACAAAACCAACAAUUGUGAAAGUGUUUUUAAUUUUAUUUUUUACACAUUUAAUUACAUGGCUCAAUUCCACAAAUAGGUAAGGCUUAUUAGCAUGUUUAAACAUAUUUUAUCUUUAUGUACACUUUUUGUGUAACCUUUGAGGGUUACGACAUGCUUAUUUAAAUGUAUGUCAUGUUACUUGUGGAAUGAUGUAUAUGUUAGGUAUAUUUGUAAAUAUUGUUUUAAUUGUGAGUAUGUGGGCAAAACGUUGGUGGGAAAUUAUCUCCCUUGGCGUGACAGAAUAUGUCAUGACUGACUAAUUGAUAAAUUUGUAACAAUUUACGUGUGUUGUAAGAUGCCAUUAUACCAAUAUAUUUUAUAUGUAAGCUUCGUCUGAUAUGUAUGUAUAAUUGAUAUAAUUUAUGGCCGUUAAUAUUUUGUUGUAAUUGUUUCAGGGUCAUUUCUCCAUUUCUUCAUUUCUAUAUUUCUCCAUCUCUAAAUCUGAAUAAAACCGAUCACAACCCCA